AUGUUACCUCUACAGUACAACUACAUGUCACCUCUACAGUACAACUACAUGUCACCUCUACAGUACAACUACAUGUCACCUCUACAGUACAACUAUGUGUCACCUCUACAGUACAACUACAUGUCACCUCUACAGUACAACUACAUGUCACCUCUACAGUACAACUACAUGUCACCUCUACAGUACAACUACAUGUCACCUCUACAGUACAACUACGUGUCACCUCUACAGUACAACUACAUGUCACCUCUACAGUACAACUACAUGUCACCUCUACAGUACAACUACAUGUCACCUCUACAGUACAACUACAUGUCACCUCUACAUUACAACUACAUGUUACCUCUACAGUACAACUACAUGUCACCUCUACAGUACAACUAUGUGUCACCUCUACAGUACAACUACAUGUCACCUCUACAGUACAACUACAUGUCACCUCUACAGUACAACUACAUGUCACCUCUACAGUACAACUACAUGUCACAUCUACAGUACAACUACAUGUUACCUCUACAGUACAACUACAUGUCACCUCUACAGUACAACUACAUGUCACAUCUACAGUACAACUACAUGUCACCUCUACAGUACAACUACAUGUCACCUCUACAUUACAACUACAUGUCACCUCUACAGUACAACUACAUGUCACCUCUACAGUACAACUACAGUUUACAUCUACAGUACAACUACAUGUCACUUCUACAGUACAACUACAUGUCACCUCUACAGUACAACUACAUGUCACCUCUACAGUACAACUACGGGUCACCUCUACAGUACAACUACAGUUUACAUCUACAGUACAAUUACAGUUUACAUCUACAGUACAACUACAUGUCACCUCUACAGUACAACUUCAGGUCACCUCUACAGUACAACUACAUGCUACCUCUUUAG